AUGGAAACAAGAGUGUUGGAGGGGGAAGAAGAAGAAGACAGAAAUGCAGACACACCCAGAGCAAGUGGAGGGGAUGAAGUGCGGAUCCCUGACACGGUAUCCAUUGUUCUCUCCGUGGCAGAACAUAAAGAAGGCCGAGAUCUUGCCUGGAAGUUCUUGCAGGAAAAUUGGCCAGAACUCUCUCGUCGCUAUGGGGCGGGGUUCCACAUGACUAGGCUUCUGCAGGGGGUGACAGGGCAUUAUUGCUUGGAAUCCCAGGCCGAGGAGGUGAAGAUCUAUUUUCAAGAUCUUGCAAGUCGAGACGAAAAUAGUCCGAAGCGAGUCUUCGAUCAAUGUAUCGAGAAUAUAUGGAUCCAGGCUCGCUGGUGUCAACGAGAUCUCUUCAAUUGCCUUGCUUAGCUUGAAAGGUUCAUUGCCGUGCUUUAUCAUUGGCAUGAUCCUGGCACUUCAGUAAUCGCUGAGUGUUUUGCCCGCAAUCUUAAAAGAAACUCCAGAGGUCUGCAAAUACGUAACUCCUGUAUAUAAAUCCGCAAAAGAGACAGAAGCUGGGCUCAGAUUUUUGGAUAUUUUGCUCCUUUUUUUUUUUCUCCUAUACCAUUCUUGCUUGAAACUUAUGUGAAUUUAUUCGCCAAUUGAUCUUACAGUUUUGAAGUUCUUCGCGGAAUCAUUCGUACCGUGUGCAUUUUCCGCAAAGAUCGGUCGAUUGAUUUUGCUUCAUGGAAAUCCGGUAUUUCGAGUGUUGCUUGUGUGUAUUCGUUAUAGUAGGGAUCCGGAGAGCUAAGAAGAAAAGGAGGAUCUGGUGAAGUCCUUUUUCAGCCAUCAUGUCUCAGUCCAUUAUUUUGAAAUAAACUUUUAUUUGUAAGGCCUG